GACUUCAGGCAGGAAAAGGCUACAAGAACUUACUGCACUGUGUCCUCACCAUCUACAGGAAAGAGUCGGCAAUGGCAUUCUUCAAGGGCAUGUCCUUUCCCCUGGCCUCUAUCACGGUUUAUAACUCAGUGGUCUUUGGGUUCUUCAGUAACGCGCAAAGACUGAUCAGUAAAUACAGAUAUGGGGACGGACGACACCCCUGCUCCCUCUCAGACCUGACCCUGGCCAGUAUGCUCACCGGGUUUGUCUCUGUGGGGCUGGGGGCUCCCGUAGACCUGGUCAAGAUCAGACUACAGAUGCAGACACAGACUCUACUCACAGAAAAUCUGCACCUGGCCGGUAACACCAACAUGACGGUGCAGUCUGUGACCCUGCCCUCCUCCUCUUCCUCCCCUUUAUCCCCCUCUCCUCUGUACCGUGGGCCCAUCCACUGCAUCAGCUCCAUCCUGCAGACAGAGGGUAUCGCUGGGCUGUACCGAGGAGCAGGAGCCAUGGUUCUACGGGACGUCCCGGGCUAUGCACUGUACUUCAUCCCCUACACCCUCCUCUGUGACCUGCUACGUCCGGAUGACACCUCCACCCCUCACCCCUGCUCCAUUUGGCUCGCAGGGGGGCUCGCAGGUUCGAUCUCGUGGGUGACCGCAACACCGGCUGAUGUGGUGAAGAGCCGAAUGCAGGCGGAUGCUCAGCUCCGAAGGAAAUACAGAGGCAUCGUUCACUGCAUCGUGCACAGCUACAGGAGCGAGGGAGUGCAGGUAUUCUUCCGCGGAGCUUCGGUGAACGCCAUCAGAGGGUUCCCCAUGAGCGCCACCAUGUUCCUGACCUAUGAACUGUCUCUGCAAUUCUUUAGAGGACUCUGAGAACUGAAUCAUCACAUCCCUGCCCGGAGAGGGCCCCGAGUUCAAACCACCACCACAGACCUGCAACGUGAGGGCCCCAAAUUGAACUGCCACCACAGACCUGCACCGUGAGGGCCCCAAAUUGAACUGCCACCACAGACCUGCACCGUGAGGGCCCCAACCUGAACCAUCAUGAUAGACCUGCAGCAAGAGGGCCCAAACUGCAUCACUACCACAUACCUGCCUUGAGAUAGCUACACCACAAGGGGCCUAAACUGAACCAUCUUCAGAGACUUGCAAACUGCAUCACCACCACAGAGAGACCUGCACCAUGGGGGCCCCAGUAUGAAUUACCACCAUAGUCCUGUAGCUAGACGAUAACACAUUUUGAAGUGUGAUAUAUUGCUGAAUUAAAUACAGUAAUAUUGAAACAAACUUAUGCCAGAUAAACAAUUAUAGCCUAAGACUAGAUUUAUACCACAAAACUAUUCUAUUACUAUUACUAUUCUAUAUACUAUUUACAAUAUUGCUAAAAAAAAACAUGAGUUGCAAAAAAUAAACAGUAGAAUGAAACACUUUAAUUUGCACCUGUAAGGAUGCCUUUUACAGCUCAAAUCCCAUUCCACUGAUCAAAAAAAUAACCAAAGACAAGAAAAGAAAAUGUACAGUUGACAAAUAUUGACCCCCAAAAAUAUUGUCCCAUAUAUAAUAUAUUAAAUGAUAAUUGUACAGUAUUUGUCAUGACAGGCCUAGCUGCAGCAUGAAGGACCCAAACUGAGAUCUUUUUUGAACUUGUGAAAUUGUGACUCUAUAUUUCCAAUACAUCUGCACCAUAUCAGGUACUUAUAAUCAAUAAAUGCGAUAACCACAACCUGACAAACAUAGAUUUCAUCAUAGAGAUAUCGGUGGAAAGCAGCUUGAGUCUUAACUCUUUAAAUGGCUUCUAGCUGAUUGUUGUUUUUUUUUCACCUUUGAGCAAAAUGCGAACAUAGCGUAUGAGCAUCUCUUGAGGUCAAAUAAGUCCACUGUGUAACGCCUGCAUGUAAUUAUGAAGUGUUUUAUUGUCUGAGAAUCAGGAAGUGUACUGUUGGCACACUAGUUAUUGUUAGCAUUAACGUGAUGGCAAAACUCUGCUCUGGUUUCGGAAAGUUGUGAAAAGUGCUUAUAAACUCAUUGUGGUGAGUAAUUAGGAUGCUCUGAAUACAUAUGGUCAGUGAGGAAUAACUUUGGACCACUGCAAACCAUUUCAAAUGAACUAGUUCUGUUUUUUCACAUUUUUAACAGUGUAUGGAUACUUUUAUUACAACCAGAAAACUACUUCAGGUAAUUGUGAAAAGUGAAUUUGACUUGAAAUGUAAUUAGAAAAUAAUUAGUUAGAUAAGUUAGAUAAUUUAGUUUUUCGAGUGAAGUGUUAAUGCACAGGGAGUGACACUGUUGUUACAUCUGUUUGUAUAUAGUGUGUUUCUUAUAUUAAGAAAAGGGUGCUUUUGACAAGUUUUUAAUGUUUUGAAUGUAAGAUUCAUGAAUUAGCUUUUUACUUUAAUCACUUUAUUAUUGACAUGUGCUCAUUAGAUUUUAGCAUUUUAC